GAGGCUGGGGGCUCCGACUUCACCCCGAGUCCGCAUCGAGAGACUCGCUGAGACGCGGGGCUCCGGGCGAACUCUGAGCGUGGUCUCCAAGCACUCCCGGUCUUUACACUUCCGCGUCCACACACUCCAACACGGGAGAGGAUCCGCGCUAGCUUUCGCUGCUCGCUGUCCCCCAGAUCAUGUCCUCAGCUCCCGGGACUCCGCGUGGAAAAAGAAGUUUGCCUCGCGUGGACCCAAUGACCCUGCCAAGCCGCGCGCCUGGUUGCCUGGACCUGGUCUGAGCUGCGCUGCCCAGGCGGACCUUUCUGCGGAAGGGCUUUAUCUCAACCUCACGCCCGCCCGCCUCUGAGUCCUGGAAGAAAGGGGCGGCCUCCUCUGCCCCGCAGCACCUCGGAAGAUGGGGAGCAAGGCCCUGCCGGCGCCCAUCCCACUCCACCCGUCGCUGCAACUCACCAAUUACUCCUUCCUGCAGGCCGUGAACACCUUCCCCGCCGCUGUGGACCACCUGCAGGGCCUGUAUGGUCUCAGCGCCGUGCAAACCAUGCACAUGAACCACUGGACACUAGGGUACCCCAACGUACACGAGAUCGCCCGCUCCACUAUCACCGAGAUGGCGGCGGCGCAGGGCCUCAUGGACGCGCGCUUUCCUUUCCCGGCUCUGCCCUUUACCACUCACCUCUUCCACCCCAAGCAAGGGGCCAUUGCCCACGUCCUCCCAGCCCUGCACAAGGACCGGCCCCGUUUUGACUUUGCCAACUUGGCGGUGGCCGCCACGCAGGAGGAUCCUCCCAAGGUGGGGGACCUGACCAAGCUGAGCCCGGGGCUGGGCAGCCCCAUUUCGGGUCUCAGUAAAUUGACUCCGGACAGAAAGCCCUCCAGAGGGAGGCUGCCCUCCAAAACGAAAAAAGAGUUUAUCUGCAAGUUUUGCGGCAGACACUUUACUAAAUCCUACAACCUGCUCAUCCACGAAAGGACCCACACAGAUGAGAGGCCUUACACGUGUGACAUUUGCCACAAGGCCUUCCGGAGGCAAGAUCACCUGCGGGAUCACAGGUAUAUCCAUUCCAAAGAAAAACCCUUCAAAUGUCAGGAGUGUGGGAAAGGAUUUUGUCAGUCUAGAACUCUAGCUGUGCACAAAACUUUACAUAUGCAGGAAUCUCCACACAAAUGUCCCACAUGUGGAAGAACCUUUAAUCAGAGAAGUAAUCUGAAAACUCACCUUCUCACCCAUACAGACAUCAAGCCCUACAGCUGCGAGCAGUGUGGCAAAGUGUUCAGGCGAAACUGUGAUCUGCGGCGGCACAGCCUGACUCACACCCCGCGGCAGGACUUCUAGAGAAGCCCCGGAUCUGUCCCGUGCCGCCGCCUCUCCCCUCCCCAGACUCCUCUCCACGCCUCCCACCCAGGGGUUCAACCCCCAAAUCCCCACUGACCCCAGCUCUUCCCUUGCUGCAGCCGCACCUGCAGCUCCAAGGAGUUAACUCUUCUGGAGGACUGAGAACUGUAGAAAGCCACACACGUACAUCCCUUCACAAAGAGCAUACGCUAGUUUCUUGUAGAUAUUCACAGCUCAUUUUAGAGCUCUGUACAUAAUGUUGUGGGUCUUUGUUUUGUUGUUGUUGUUUUGCAUUUUGUUGGAUGCCCCUAGCUAUGGAAAAUGGAAGCCAACUUUAUCUUUAAAGACUGUAUUUCAAAAUAAAACGUUUUGUUUGUUUGUUUGUUUUAACCCUCCUGCAAAAAGUGUCUUGCUAUUUAACUUUUUUCCUCUGGAUUCCGGAAGAGUAGUC